AUCACAACUCAAGCCUUCACUAGAAACAUCUUCGGAAUAAUCUCAAUUCAUUCAUCAUGAAGUACACUGCCAUCCUCGCCCUUGCUGGCGUCUCCUCCGCCGCUGUCACCAAGACUCUCCCCAAGUCUGCUGGUGCUACUUCAUUCCCUACUGCUGUUCCUGUCAAGGGCAGCUACGAUGGUGGCAUGAAGCGAUUCGAGCGAAGCCCCUCUGUUUGCCAAGGCCAGAGCGAAACUGGUGAGAAGGAUGCUAUGUUCAUUCUCGAGAACGGUGCCACUCUUUCCAACGUGAUUAUCGGCGCAUCUCAGGCCGAAGGUGUCCACUGCAAGGGUACUUGCACCCUGAACAACGUCUGGUGGGCCGACGUCUGUGAGGACGCCGUCACCCUCAAGCAGACCAGUGGAACUUCUUACAUCAACGGUGGCGGUGCUUUCCAUGCUAGCGACAAGAUCGUCCAGUUCAAUGGCCGCGGCACCGUCCAGAUCAAGGAUUUCUACGCCGAAGACUACGGAAAGCUCGUCCGCAGCUGCGGAAACUGCAAGGAUAACGGCGGCCCUCGAAACGUCGUCAUCUCAGGCUCUGUUGCCGUCGACGGUGGUGUUCUCUGCGGCAUUAACACCAACUACGGAGACACCUGCAAGAUCACCAGCUCGUGCCAGAACAAGGGCAAGUACUGUGACCGCUACGAGGGUAACUCAAGCGGCGCUGAGCCUUCCAAGAUUGGAUCUGGCCCUGAUGGCAAGUACUGCACUACUUCUGGAGUUACCACAAGCUGCUAGACGAUUGAUGAAAUGUUAUGAGAGACGGAUGGAACGAUGUUGUUCACUUCUUGGUAAAAGUUUAUGUACCUAAGCUUUAUGUUUGUACAUUGUGAGUUUAGCACAUGGCUCGCCCCAAUAUCAAUUGCAGUUUACUUUA